AUGCUCAUGUGCCUGGAUGUCACUUACGAGUUCGCCGCAGUCCACUUUCUUCCUGUCUUUACCAAAAUCAUCCGUACCUGCCGUCGGAUUGAUGACGACGUCAACCCUGCUACUAUUACUCCCGCCCUCACGGCUGCGGCUCCUGAGAACAGCAAUCCAUCCACGGUGGCUGCUUCUCAGUCAAAAGUUUCCUUCGUAGAACAGCUGAAGAGCAGACGAGACGACAAGUUUGAUGAGGCCGAAAUUCUCGCAAGAGGUGACAAUCGGGUGAGCCAAGAACCACUUGAGUCAUGGUUCACGGGCCCCCAAUCCAGGAGGCAAGCGUAA